AUGUCGAACCCAAGUUACGAAGGUCUGCCCUUCUGGGGCACUUGCCCCUCUGAUCCCAGCUUUGUCUACGAAAAGCCGAGUCCUUUGAGAAUUGUGAAGGCUAACGAGAGCAUGUAUAAGCGACAUACGGCAAAUCAAUCUAACCAAGGUAGCUCUAAAUACAGGCGGUCAAUUCAAGGGGACGGGUCUCUUACAGUCGCCAAGAGGCGCAAGAUCAACCCAGGACAAGCAGAUGCAGACAAAGAAAACUCAAGAUGGCCACAUGAUGACCCGGGUAUGGGAGAACAAGGCAGUCGAACCUUGCGCGAAGCCAAAUGCUAG